AUGGGCAAAGAAGCAGGGUCCCAAAAAAGCAGGGUCCCGAUGUGGAGAAAGGCGUGGACAUAUACUUCGACAAUAUCAAAAAAUACUGGAGUGAUGUUCAACAAAAACACAACAAAGGUACUCGAGGAACUACCGAAAGUCUAUCCCAAGGUGUACGAAAUACUAUCCAACCUGGAUUACACAUACCAAGAUAUGUACAACAAAAUUCGCGAUUUACAUAUUGACAAAGCUACUUAUUAUUCAUUGCAUGCCGUUGUGUUCAUGGUCGUUCACACCGUUGGAAGCCAUGGUCCAUAUCUCGCGGAUACUGAGAUGUUCCUUGAGAGAACAGGAAUCGCCACACCAGAGAUGCGAACUUUCUACGACCUUCCAGUCGUCUGA